GUGAAACGCUUUCAUUUCAGUCGGUAUGCCGCUGCGCAGGGAAGCGCAGGGAAGCCUAUAGUCUACCUAGAGGUGAAAUAAAAUACAUAGUCCAGGAGGGAUGGUAGGCUAUAUUCGUUCAUAUUUGAGGAUGCAUUUUUUUUUCUCGUGCGCACCUAUAGCUAUGUAUGUACUCCAAUGCAAAUAGGUAUAGUCUAGGUUGUAACCGGUUGGACGUUUCAAUCUGAAUUGACUGGCUAGCAGUAAAUAGACUAGUAGGCUAUUACUCCGUGAUUGUUAUAAUCUCCCAGAUUGUCGGCGAGUUACUGCAGUCGAUGCUGCAGUUUUAGCCUCUUGCACCGGGCUGUGUGCUGCGACCGCAAACUCAAUGAGAAAGACAUGCUUUCCUUCGUUCUGGUCUCUGGGUCUGUCUGGAUAAUAUUAGAGCUGAGUUCCACCCUGAUGGAGAGGAUGCAGGCCCAGGAGCUAAUGAGCAGUCUACCGCUGCCUGAGCUGGAUGAGUUAACCCAGUUCUUCCGCUCCCUGCCCACCUCCACGCUGGUGGGAAUCGGUGCUCUGACUGCUGUGCUGGCCUACUGGCUGGCCACACGGCCACGCGCCAUCUCUCCUCCCUGCAACCUCCGGCACCAGUCUGAGGAAGUGCUGCAUGAAGAUGGGGUUCGCAGGUCCAUGCUGGGGGACAGCCCCAAUAAGCUGCUGACACACUACCAUGAGGAUGCCAAGACCAUGUACGAGGUGUUCCAGAGAGGCCUCCACAUAGCCGGUGAUGGACCUUGUUUAGGCUCCCGGCUACCCAACCAGCCUUACAAGUGGCUGUCCUAUAAAGAGGUCACGACCCGGGCGGAGCACUUGGGGUCGGGGCUGCUGAGCCAGGGCUGCACGCCAAGCCCAGAUCAGUUCAUCGGAGUGUUUGCACAGAACAGGCCAGAGUGGAUCAUUUCGGAGCUGGCCUGCUACACCUACUCUAUGGUGGUGGUGCCUCUGUAUGACACACUAGGGCCUGAUGCCAUACGGUACAUCAUUAACACUGCCGACAUCAUCACAGUGAUCUGCGACAAGCCUGAGAAGGCCCAGGUGCUGCUGGGUAACGUGGAGAGGCAGGAAACCCGGCUGAAGAGGAUCAUCCUCAUGGACCCCUUUGACCCUGCACUGCUGGAGCAGGGGGAAGGCUGCGGGGUCAUCGUCCAGUCCAUGCAAGACGUUGAGGCACUGGGCAGAGAGAAGCAUAGAAAUCCCAUGCCACCUACACCAGAAGACCUGUCCAUUGUGUGCUUCACCAGUGGUACCACAGGAAACCCAAAGGGAGUCAUGCUGACACACGGGAAUGUAGUGGCUGAUUUCUCAGGCUUCCUCAAAGUCACAGAUAAAGUCAUAUCCCCAAACCAAGACGAUGUUCUCAUCUCCUUCCUGCCUUUGGCUCACAUGUUUGAGAGACUCAUCGAGUCUGUGGUGUAUUGUCAUGGUGGCCGGAUCGGCUUUUUCCAAGGUGACAUCCGCCUGCUGUCUGAUGACAUGAAGGCCUUACGGCCCACCAUCUUCCCUGUGGUGCCUCGAUUGCUCAACCGCAUGUACGACAAGAUCUUCAGCCAGGCCAACACCCCAUUGAAGCGCUGGCUGCUGAACUUUGCAGCCAAGAGAAAAGGGGCAGAGGUCAGCAGUGGGAUCAUCCGCAUGGACAGCCUGUGGGAUAAGAUAUUCUUCAGUAAGAUACAGGCCAGCCUGGGUGGGAGGUUACGUAUGAUUGUAACUGGAGCUGCUCCGGCCUCCCCCACCGUACUGGGAUUUCUCAGGGCAGCACUGGGUUGUCAGGUGUAUGAGGCGUAUGGUCAGACAGAGUGUACUGCUGGUUGUACUUUCACCACUCCUGGAGACUGGACCUCAGGUCAUGUGGGGGCACCACUGCCAUGUAACCUCAUCAAGCUGGUGGAUGUGGCUGAAAAGAACUACUUUGCUGCCAAAGGAGAAGGAGAGGUGUGUGUGAAAGGGCCCAAUGUUUUUAAGGGCUACCUUAAAGACCCAGGGAGGACGGCUGAAACGCUAGACACAGACGGUUGGCUCCACACCGGAGACAUAGGGAAAUGGUUACCUAACGGUACACUAAAGAUCAUUGACCGGAAGAAGCACAUCUUUAAGCUGGCCCAGGGAGAGUACAUCUCCCCUGAGAAGAUAGAGAACAUUUACAUCCGCUGUGAGCCUGUGACCCAGCUCUACGUCCAUGGUGACAGUCUACAGUCCUGUCUGGUUGCCAUAGUUGUUCCUGACCCAGAGACAAUGCCUGCUUGGGCCCUGAAGAAAGGCAUGGAGGGGAGCUAUCGGGACCUCUGUAAAAAUACUGUCCUGAAGAAAGCCAUCAUGGAAGACUUGCAGCGACUGGGCAAGGCGAGCGGCCUCCACUCGUUUGAGCAGGUGAAAAACAUCUACGUCCAUAAUGAGCUAUUCUCGAUACAGAAUGGCCUGUUGACUCCGACACUAAAAGCAAAGAGACCUGAGCUGAGGGAGUUUUUCAAGGAGAAGAUUGAAGACCUGUAUGAAAACAUCUCCAUGUGAAACACGACCACAAACUAAAAGCCUGGUUCUCAGCAACAUCACUCCUCAUUCACAUUUACCCUUCACUCCACUUCACUCCUACGAAACCACAAAAACAGACUCAAAUCAGCCAAACAAGUUACUGACUGUGGUUCAGGAAGGAAUAAUCGAUUUCUCUUUUGACGCCUGCUGACCAAGUGUUGCCCGCUGCCCCACGGCAGCCAAUGUAGAUCUUCAACCAAAUCAGCCUCCUCUCCAUCUAGAAACGGCAGCAACAGACAGUCAACAUAGCCUGCACGUUCCUCUUUCCUUUGUAGGCCUAUCAAAACACAACUUAAAGAUUGCAUCAGUUUUUUUCCCGACAUGAUGUGCUCAGAGUUUGCCUGGUAAGAACAUGCAUACAUGGGCUAUGGGCAGUGCAUGCAGUGUGCUCUGCAUUGUUGGGACUGUUGUUACAUGAUACUUCAAAAUUUGUCCUGGGAUUUUCUGGCCGUCGAUAGUCAAACUGUAUGGCUUUCUCAUGUAGUCGAUAUCGACAAGCUCCACCCAUUUGACGGAGGUUAGAACAAAAUGGACAGUGACAUUUUUGAGUUUACAUAGUACAAAUGUAUAGGCUUUGGAGUUCAUUUUGGUCGCAAAGUAUCACUAUGUAGAUGUAGAUGUAAGCAUAUGAAUGGAUUUUCUUUUGUUUUGCGUUGUAGUGAGAUGAAUUGUAACUUUUAUUGAAUUUUCUGUCAUAUGGAAUCAUCACCAUAUCCUUGUAUUGAAUGAGUGCAUCAAUAGGGAUUAGGGGUGGGGAUGGGGCAGAGAAAAAUCAAAUAAAUUCUGGAAUGAUUUAUUUAUUUUCCAUGUCAAGCGAUAUAGACAAAGUGUUAACUAUGAUCACGAUCGAGAUAAAGGGUAAUAUGAGCAUGCACAUGGUUGGACAGGUGGCACAGUCUCCAUUGAAGUGUUCAUCCUGUGCUUUUGGAGUCUAUUGAGCUUUACACAGUUAGCGUGGCUGUGUGAUUGGUUGAAGUUUACUAUGGCACAACAAAAGUCUACGUCGAGCUAGCAGAUGCUAGUGCCUGCUUCUUCUCAGCAGCCAACAACCACAACGUUGAGCGCCGAAGGUCUAUAGGGUAUAUUUUCUUCAAGUACCUCAGAUGAUGUUUCAUCAUCAUAUUUGGUGUCUGAUUUUAGUGGGGGAAAGGCUGCACUUACAGAGCCUCUGAAAUAUGUUUGUGGGCAGUAGAACCUCACAUGGUCUGUUACAGCUAACCUCCAUAUCGAAGUUGCAUGGGGGUAAGGGUUUCGACUCAAGCUCAAAGGAAAGGCUAGCAAUUGUAAUUUUACUGGGUUUUGAGUGAACCGAGGCCUGAAGACUAGCCCACAAAGUACAUGCCUACAUGAUUUAUCUCUGCAGGCUAACACAGUGUUGUGACACAGUCAGCCAGGGCUCAAAUCAUAGCGUCCAUCACACAGAUUAAUAUAAUGUAUUUGCAACAUCCAGCUCAUUUUAUUUGGUAAAACACUAUUUACAUUUUUUACACCGUGUCAAAAAAAAAGAUUGACUUAAGCCCUUGGCUCCUAUAAGGACCAUAGGCCGUUGAUGGUAGUCCUCCUCCAUCUCACUUAUUUUGGGGCAAGUUUUUCAACUUUGCACCAAUUGAGGCCGCUCUCAGUCAUUUCUGCCUGGACAAAUACACCCGUCAGAUAAAUAUCUAACCAGAAUUUUUUUUUUUUUUUGAAAUCCUGAGUCACAAUCACAAGUCUCUGCUUACCAACAAGCUGUUCAGAGGAUAACAUGAAUCCACUUCACAGAUAAGAUGUGAUUGACAUAUGUAGGGGAGAGUAUGAGGAUUGUGUACAUUGCAUCUGGCAGAACAAGCAUGCUUGUACAGCACUUUUGUAAAUUAAUGUAAAGUAUAAAAGGUAAACCAUUUUUCUUUGCAUGUGAAACCAUGGGACUGGUGAGGAAUCAAUAACAAUGUAUAGUCAAAUUCCAACUGAUGAAUGUAAACAGGGCAGAAUAUAAAUAAUCAUGUAGUAUGUUUAAAAAUAUAUAAAUAAUAGUAUGUUUUAUAGUAAAUCUAAAUGAUGGGCAGGAGAGGAAUAAAGCUGUACAUGUUGGAUAUUUGAA